AUGCAAUUUACACUUAACGACGUCCAGAACAAACCCACUGCAAUUGGCAAAGCCGUCACAGCAAUUAAGGCGCAGCUUAAAGACCUUAGAGGGAGGUUGAAAGAUAAAAGCGGUAAUAAAGAAAAUGAUGUCAUCCACAGACUUGAAGAUUUGAAAAGGAAUGGUCUUAGUGGAAAUCCUUGGAAUGGUAUGAAUGUCAAAGGUCAACCUCUCAGCGGUCUCGGUAAAAUCCACAAGGAACUUGAAGAGCAGAAUAAGGAAUUGGCCAAACAACCUGAUAUAAUCACUAACGCCAUAAGAGAAAUCAGGGACCAACUGUUUCAGAUAGGAAUCAAUUUAGACCAUAAAGACUUCAAUGACGACGUCAUAGGUGUGUUUACAGAGUUGGGAAAAAUGAUAGGCAGAAGUCACAAAGGAUAUCAUGCCAAUCUUGAAGACAUUCAUUACAUGCUUCAUUGGUUACAAGGCAAUGAAUUUACAUCGAAUUCCGACGCAAUUGGUAAAGCCAACGAAGCAAUUAAAGCAGAACUCACUGCCCUUCAAGGUGAGUUGCAAGGCAACAAUGGCAGUGAUGUCAUUGCAACACUGAAGGAUUUGCAGACCAAUGGACUAAGUGGCGAAAAAGGAUGGAAUAAACAUAAUACCCAAAAAAGCCUCAAAAGCAUACAAAAUGACCUUAGCACUCAACAAAACACGUUGGAGCAACAACCCGGCAACAUUGACCAAGGCGUCGACCAAAUCACCCGGGAGCUUACAAGGCUUCAGAAGCAGUUGAACACUGAGGUCACCGAUAAGCUCAAGAAGCUGAAAGAAAGUGGCCUUACUGAGGGCAAAACACCAUGGACAGAUAAAGGUGAAAGCUUAAAUGGUAUCCAAAAAAUCACCGCAGACAUCGAGACCAUAAAGGACAAGGACGUUGAGGACGUGAAGGAGAAACUAAAGGAGCUGUGCACGGCGAUAAGAAUUGAGGCCAACGAGUCAAGCAGGGACUUAAAGCGUCUGAAAGGUGACGGUCUUAAUGAGUUAAGAAGCAUUUACAGUGACCUUUACGAUUUAUACUUUGGCCCGCUGAACGAUGUCAUUCAAUUACUCAAGAAGUUUGAUAAAUACGCCGACGAGGCAGCUAGAAGAAUUAUUGCAGAACUCACACAAUUCGUCGACCAGGAGAUCAAGGAAGCCGAAGAGACUCUUAUCAGGGAGGCACGCCGGCAAUAUGUCUCCAACAUCAAGGAGGCGCUGAAGGCCUUCGCCCAGAAGGUGGAGGAAGAAUUGAGUCCCUUGCCUCCGUUAAUAAACGGGGAUCUGCAGAUAGGGUAUAAGGGGUUUGUGUAUGAUUUCCAGCAACGCUUCGAGUCUCACAUCUCCCCUCUAAAGGGUACGCUGCAACUCGACGCCCUGUCCACAGCCUUCAAGCGGUUCCACCUGGCGCUCUCGGGAUACCUCAGCGCAGAGAUCAGGAGAGUGCACAUCGAGGAGAGUAAAAAGAAGAAUCCGUCACUCCCACCGACAGAUGAUCACUACGCCGAGAGGCUUUACGGCGUCACCCAGGCGCUCGAGGAGUUGCUGGAACAUAUCACUAAGCAGAAACGUUUCGACCGAAGAUUACCUGAAAUGCUCGAUAAACUCGCCGAGGCAGUCGGAUCCCUGCGACCGGAGAAAUUCGCCAAAGUCACAACUCCGAUACUCGACGGCGUGGCGGAGGCAGCGGACAAGUUUGAGAAGGAACUGAGAACAGUGUACAUCUCCACAUACGACGGGGCGUUUGAGGGCCGCGUGCUCGUCGACGCGCGGACCGGCAGGGUGACGGCGGACGGCGAAAAAUGCGCGAAGAUACUUUUGACGAUUCUCAAAAUUCUGUGUAAUGAUCUCACGUACCUGGAGGAGCAGUGCACGCGGCGGUAUCCCAGCAGCAGAAUUUACUCAACUUCCGGACCCGGCGUAUUAUUGCACCAAAUGGGCUACGACGUUGCCAAAAGCCCAAAUUCCCAGGACGGUGAGCUGCAAAAUGACAACGAUAUUACCGGCGACAAAAUUGGCAGACUGCUUGGGAGAACAAUUCAGCACGCCGGCCAAAAUGAACACCUCAAAAAAUGCUCCGCCGUUAAGCAAAAUGAACAGAACUAUUAUAAUCUCUUCGACGUCCUUGCGUGCCUUUGUUGUCACCUAUAUGAAUACUAUGGGACGUGUCAUCUCAUCAUUCCACCGUCACCCAGGACGCCGUGCAGCGUCUACCAAAUGCUCGUAUGGCUGACCGGCCUCCCGCACAAUAGGGUCUACGAUCGCCUUAAGCAGCAGGUUAAAUCCGUGCUAAGCAACGCCGACGAUCAUUCCACAGACACCAAAUGGUACAUGGCCGCGCAGCCCAAAUCAGUCACCGCCACAAAUCUGGCCGCCGCCCUUCACGAUGUCACCUCCUACUCCCCUGCCCUGCUCACCAGGGUGCUCGGCUACGGCGACGCUAUGACGACGUACGCCGUUGACUUCUAUAGCAACGCACUGCAACUGUAUUACCCGCAGGACGCCGACGAUUGCCUGCACAUGAUGCUGCAUAUCCUCUGUCGAUUGCUUGUCGUGCUCAGAUUUCUGUUCUCUCAAUGCUCACUCCCCGCUCACCAUGGCGGCUGGGCGGAGUGCCAGUACGGCAAGGGCGUCCCACCAUACACGUGGCAGUGCGCUCCUCCGGUCACCGCCCUGCCUACCCCUCACCCGGAGUGCACUGAUAAGUCCCCUUUGAUGUCGUACCUAAACGACUGCCUGCCCGGCCAUCUGCCUCACCAGGUUACUAACAUCGGCUGUGAGCCUGUAUGUCAGACGUGUCUUACCAGCGAACUUAGCACGCCCUGUCUCACUCCGCUCGGCUUCCGGGGUUUCUCUGGAAGUACGAGGACAGGCAAGGAGCUGUGCAAAGUGCUGACCAAAUGGUUCGGCAACGUCCAUAUCAAAUCGCUGCUCAGCCUCUGUCCCAGACCGCCGGCUACGCUGGCUGAGCACAUUUCCUUUGCCUCAUCUCUCGUUGGUGGUUGGCAACACAGUGCUCUGCCGUCAGCCAUCGACGCCUUUCAAUCUGCGUUCACGGACUCCAUCACCGGCCAGUCCAUGACCCUCUACCGCGAGCCCGGCAAGCUCACAGAUGCUCUGCGUGAUGCUUACGGCAACGGUCGGAGCGGUCAUGGCAUUCAGCAUUCUACUGCCCAAAAUACCGACCUGUCCAGCCUCGAUGCAUAUCAUUGCUUACCUCACCGACACGCCGACGUCUACCUCUCAUGGGCCGUCUACCUCCCGUGGACAUUAUAUGAGCUGUUGCUAUCAUUGAAGACUGCCUUCCAAGCCAUCUCCUGCCGGGACUGGGGCUGCGGUGAUUGCCUUCACGAGGAACCUUGUGACCCGGGCAGCCACGGCCUCCCCAGUCCCCAGUCGCCGGGGCACAGCUGCCGAUGCCGCUCCAUCGUCGGCUGCAAGGGCGUGAUGCCGACCUUGUACAGUCACGGCUUCACGUUCGGGGACGCACCGGCGCUGAUAUCGCAGAACAAGAAUUGUUCCACCCUCGCCAAGCAGCUCAGCCAAGUCCUACACUCCGACCACUUCACGGAACUGUUCCACCAAAUCGACCAGCUCAUCUAUCGCAUCCGUGCCCCCUUCCUCUUCACCCUGUUCACACUCUGGCUCACUGCCACGUUCUAUAUCCUCCACUCACUCCUCUACCGCAUGGACGUCCUCCGCAUCCGCUCCCACCUUCUCACCACCAGGGCCUCCCACCUCAUCGACGUCAAGGCGCUGCUCGCCGGAAGCCGCAGGAUGCUCUCACUCUACAAGGACGUCGAUUACUUCGACGAUGACUUUCACUCAUCGCUGGGACAAUACAUUGUAGACCUUGACAAGUGGAUUGAGAAAACAAAGGUAGACAUUGACGCGGCGCAGAAAUUAGUCCAGAAGAUUUUAAAUGAAGUGAAUGGGAAUGCAAAGCCCAAGGAUAACCUUGGACACCUUGACAAGGCGAUUAAAAGGGUGGCAAAACACUUGCAAGAGAGAGCUGACGAUUUGACAAAAUGGAAGGAAGCGGCACAGCAAGUGCUAGAAGGGACGAUUUCGAGUUCUACUUCUGUGCAUGAGAAGUUGGAUCCCACUCAAAAACAAGACCCUGAAGCGACACAGAUUGGUCUAGGAAUUCAGAAAAUUGAGGAUGCCAAAACGGCAGUUUCAGGUGUUAUCACUGGGCUUCAGGAUGUUCACAAAGAUUUGGAAGCCUGGAAUUCCGCGGCAAAAGCGGUGCUUGGCAAAGUGGUUACUAAGGCGCAGAACGUGCAUACAAGGUUGGAUCCUAAUACACAUGAUGAUCAGCAUAAAAUUGGUGAGAAACUCGGUGAAAUUGAUACCGCUAAGCAAGGACUUGACGAGGCCAAUAAAACGCUUCUCCAACAAGUUACGGCAUUGGGCACUUGGAUCACCUCGGCGGAGGAGAUCCGGAAGGCCGCUGAAGACAAGGCCAAGGAAGCCUACGAUAAGUUGAAGGUUAAUCAGACUCUAGAUGCGAAUGUUAAGAAAAUUGUGGACGCCAAUAAGAAAAUUGCGAGCGUGCAUACUGAGCUGGGAAAGGUUCAUGGAAAUUUGGGAGAGUGGAAGCAACAGGCCGGGGAUGUGCUUCAAGGGGCGAUUAAUAAUGCCCAGCAUGUUCAUGAUAAGUUGCAAGAUGAAAUUCACCAGAAAAUUACGACUAUUGAGCAACAUAAUAGGGACAUUCAGACUGCCAAUACACAACUUGGUGGCCAUGUUAAGGAUUUGACGAGUUGGAAGUCUGCCGCCAGCGAUGUUAUUUCCAAGGCGGAGGGGAAGUGUGAUGAGAUACUUAAGAAAGUUCAGACAGAUAAAGGUUCUCCAGGUCCGAUUUUUAAGGAAGCUAAAACUUUACAAGAUAAGGGAAAAGAUCUUUUGAAGGCUGCGAAGUCGGCCAAAGAGGCUGUUGAAUUGAAGGUCACUGAGGCUCUAAAGGCUGUUGUCAAAAUGGACACAGAUCUUAAGAGGGAUUUGUUUAAUGUCAAAAGGCAGAUUCAAUUAGGGAUAGGAAAUGUGAUUGACAGCUUGGGAGUUUUGAAGUUGGAUGAGAAAGUGAUGAAGGAUUUGCAGAGUUUGAGGAGUAAUAUUUUGGGGCUCACUUCAAAUGGUAAGGUAGACAGUCUUGUAAGUGAUGAGUUGAGAGCGCUUGCAAAGCAGAAAAGUACAUUAGACCAGACAACCAGCGAUACAGGCUCAAUUAAGAUGCAAACAGAUGAACUUGACAACAAGUUCCAGAGUGUGAUCCAAAAGCCUCUUAACGAGAAAGUCACUGCAGUUGACUCGGCGAUUGAGAGGCUUUACACAAAGUUUGAUCCAAGCGGGCAAAUACAGAGUGAAGCAAAUAAACUGGAAAAGAUUUUCGAGAAGAUAAAGGGAGAGGUCAAUAAAAUCCUGAACGGUGAGCCAGCAGGAAGAGGCCUGCAAGGCAUCGCAGAAGGUUUGAUUAAAAGCUACGCCAAGGGGUUUGUGAAUUUUCAUACUAUAGUAGGCGGCUGGGCGGAAGGAAUUUUGGGAAAUAAUAAGGGAGAUGAUAAGAAGAAAACCAUUAAACCGUGGCUUGGUAAGUAUGUUACUGAGAGGAAGGGGAGUAGCAGCGACGUGGUGAAGCUGCUGGAUGGUUCGAUACUUGGGUUUUCAUGGAGUCAAAAAAUUAUCGAGCAGAUUAGGAGUACGUUUAAGGACGCGAUUGAUCAAGCCGCUGCGAAGGUUGAACAAGCUAACGACAACAUCCAAACAACCAUUACAUCCGUCAAGGAAGCCUGUGAGGAAUUUGUAAAAGGGCUUGAUAACAAACUAGCGUCCGAUGGAAUUCAGAAGCUUGCCCAGGAGAUAUACGAUAAAAUUGCCAGUGAGGGUGGACGGAAGGGUUACGGCGGCCACGACAUUCAAGCCGCUAUUAAACCCGCCAUACAAGCCGCGUUAAUUGGUCUCUCCGCUACCGCUAGUCAGGUGGCCAACGAAAUUAAGUCCAUUCUGCUCGACGCCAGGGUGGGCAAUUACGCCAAAGGCAACUCAACAAGCAUCGCGGAGGAAUUGGACAGAGUAGUUGAGGAGACUAAAAAGCUUGAUGAGCAGCUUACCGAUGCGACUGACUCGUCCCAAGGCACCGGCCCCCAAGAAAGCCCCGCCCAAGCCGUGGACAGCAAGUUGAGUGAAGUGAGGCAGGAGGUUAAUAACAACAUUGUCACAAUGUUUAAUGAUCACGUCACAAAAGAGCUUAAAGCUGAGGUCUCAAUACUUCCCGUCGCCGUUUCCACUUUCAAUCAACAAGCCGAAGCACAGAUCAAGGCUGCGGCCCAGACGGCGAUCACAAAGGCGGCUGGGGAGAUUAGUAAGAAUGGUGCUGCAAUUGUGCUUGGUGAUAAUCUCAUGAACGAAUUCCACACUACCCACGAACAAAUUAAAAGUAGUCUCGACAGGGAACUCAAGCAGAAAGUUGAUGACCACAUUGGGAAGGAUGAUCAGUCGGCAAGUCAGCAAGGUGGUCAAGCACAGAAAAUCAUCAUUGAUAAAAAGAAUUUUGGACAAUAUGAUAAGCACGUUGACCAAAAUGAGAUUAAGGACGGUCAAUUAACUGGCCUUGAAGAAGAAGGCUCUCUCCCCCAGGCCAUCGGGGACAUCAAGGCUCUGGGACUGGCGGAGCUUGAAGGGACUAUUGGUGACAAGGCCAGUAAGGAUAAGAAGAUUGAAGAAAAGACGUUUAAUGAUCCGUUCACCAAAAUUAAGACACAGCUUGGAGAGAUCAAGGGAUUGGUUGAUGGUGAUGGAGAGAAAUUCUUUGGGGGAUUUGACGAACAGAGAAAGGGCGUGAAAACACUUUUGGAAGAUCUUCGAAAAGGGCUAAAUUAUAAUAAAUUACUGGGCGCUGAUAGAGGCUUAGAACAGAUUAAAAUUGCUAUUAAAAAACUCCAACAAGGGACGUUUGACACUGAGCCAAAAGCAAUCGACUCAGCCGUCCAAGCAAUUAGGCAGCAGCUUGGAGAGCUUAGAGGGAAGUUGAAGAAAGACGGUGAUAGUGAUAAAACUGCCGUUGUCAACGCUUUGCAAGAUUUGAAAGAGAAGGGGCUUGGUGGCCAUUGGACUAUUGAUAAUGGAGACUGGAAAACUACCAAGGGUCUAGCAAUAAUCCAGGAGCGACUUAAAACUCAGAAUGCUAUAUUACCGGUGCAAACGAAAAGCAUCGAUACGGCUAUAAAGGAAAUCAAAGGUGAGCUUGCAAGGAUCGGCAUCAAGCUGAAUAAUGUCCACACUGAUCAUGAUAUCAUGGAUCACUUGAAACAGUUAGCAAACUAUAUUGGUAAAGGCAAAAGCGCAAAUGGAUAUAGUCUCAACGUGCAGAAAAUUCAUGAUGUUAUUAGUGCCCUGCAAUCCGGUGUGUUUACUCAGAAACCCACAGACAUCGAAAACGCCAACUCAGCAAUUAAACGAGAACUCACUACCCUCCGAACUGAGUUGCAAGGCUCCAAGCCAGCCAACGAUGUCAUUGAGACACUGACCGAUUUGAAGAACGUUGGACUAAGUGGUACAAAGUGGGAUGAAAAUAGAAACGGAAAAAGUAAAAGCCUUCAAACCAUCGAAAGUGACCUUAAAGGUCAACAAAAUGAAUUGGGACAACAACCCGGCAAAAUAGACCAAGGCGUCCAAGAUAUCACCGGUGAGCUUGACAGCCUCAGACAGAAGCUGAAAGAUGAGGUCAAUAAAAAGUUAGAUGACUUGAAAAACCAUGGCCUUACUGACGGUAAAAAAACGUGGAGCGACAAUGGCUUUAAUAAAGGCCUCACUAAAAUCACCGCAGACGUCGAGACCAUAAAAGAAGAUAACGUUAAAGACGUGAAGGAGAAACUCAAGGAGCUGUGCACAGAAAUUCGUACCUUAGCGAGGGAGGCAAAAAGGGACUUGGAACAUGUGAAAAAAGACAGGCUGGAAUAUGAGUUGACUGGAAUAAAAGACCAAUUGCACAACCUGCAGAUCCGUCUGGUGAGUGGGCCAAUCAAGGCCUGCAAGGAGUUCAUUGACAGGGACGCCGACAGGUUCGGAAGGGAUUGCAUUGCGUCCCUCACGGCGUUCGUCAACGGCCAAGUAACCACCGCAAUCGACGACAUCACAGCCUUCGCCAAGCAGCAGUGCGCCGCCAACAUCAAGGAGCUUUUGAAGUUGUUCGCCCAGAAGGUGGAAGAGGAAUUAAGUCCCUUGCCUCCGUUAAUAAACGGGGAUCUGCAGAUGGGGUAUAAAGGGUUUGUGCAUGAUUUUCAGCAACGCUUCGAGUCUCACAUCUCCCCUCUGAUGGGCACAAAGCAACUCGACGCCCUGUCCACAGGCUUCAAGCGGUUCCACCUGGCGCUCUCGGGAUACAUCAGCACAGAGAUCAAGAGGGUGCACAGCGAGGAGAGCAAAAAGAAGAAUCCCUCACUCCCACCGUCAGAGGAUCACUACGCCGAGAAGCUUUACGGCGUCACCCACGCGCUAGAGGAGUUGCUGGAACACAUCGGCAGGGAGAAACGCUUCGACCGCAGACUUCCCGAAAUGCUCGAUAAACUCGCCGAGGCAGUCAAAGCCCUGCGACCGGAGAAAUUCGCCAAAGUCACAACUCCGAUACUCGACGGCGUGGCGGAGGCAGCGGACAAGUUUGAGAAGGAACUGAGAACGGUGUACAUAUCGACGUACGACGGGGCGUUUGAGGGCCGCGUGCUAGUCGACGCGCGGAACAGCAGGGUGACGGCGGACGGCGAAAAAUGCGCGAAGAUACUGUUGACGAUUUUGCCCACUGUAUGCUCUGGGAUCACAAAGCUCAACGACGGCCUGGCAGGGAGGAAGCAAAAUUGGUGGCAUCACAAAAUUCAUAUAGGCAAUAAACUCGGAGAUUUCUUUGCCAGCCGCGGAUUCAAAGUGUCCACCGACGAAGGCCAAAACGACGCGGAGCUGCAGAACUCCGAGAGUAUGAAAGGUAAGCAUAUCCAUGGAAUUCUCACUGAGAUGGUUCAGGACGCUGACGGCGAACACCUCAAAAAAUGCUCCGCAAUUAAACAAACUGGCCAGAAUAAUUAUAAUCUCUUCGAUCUCCUUGCGUGCCUUUGUUGUCACCUAAAUGAAUACUAUGAGACGUGUCAUCUCAUAGUUCCACCGUCGCCUAGGACGCCGUGUAACAUCUACCAGAUGCUCUGCUGGCUGACAGGCCUCCCGCACAAUAGGGUCUACGAUCGCCUUAAGCAGCAGGUUAAAUCCGUGCUAAGCAACGCCGACGAUAAUUCCACAGACACCAAAUGGUACAUGGACGCGCAGCCCAACGCAGUCACCGCCACAAAUCUGGCCGCCGCACUUCACGAUGUCACGUCCCACUCCCCCGCCCUGCUCACCAGGGUGCUCGGCUACGGCAGUGCAUCGACAACGUACGCCUGUGACUUCUAUAGCAACGCACUGAAACUGUAUUACCCGCAGGACGGCGGCGAUUGCCUGCACAUGAUGCUGCAUAUCCUCUGUCGAUUGCUUGUCGUGCUCAGAUUUCUGUUCUCUCAAUGCUCACUCCCCGCUCACCAUGGCGGCUGGGCGGAGUGCCAGUACGGCAAGGGCGUUCCACCAUACACGUGGCAGUGCAAUCCUCCACUCACCGCCCUGCCCAACCCUCACCCGGAGUGCACCGAUAAAUCCCCUCUGCAAUCAUACCUCAACGACUGCCUGCCCGGCCACCUGCCUCACCAGUUGGUCUCUGUUGGCUGCGAGCCUCGGUGUAACACCUGUCCCAGUGCACCAAGUGGAAUGCCCUGUCUCACUCCCCUCGGCUUCCGGGGUUUCUCUGGAAGUACGAGGACAGGCAAGGAGCUGUGCAAAGUGCUGACCAAAUGGUUCGGCAACGUCCAUAUCAAAUCGCUGCUCAGCCUCUGUCCCAGACCGCCGGCUACGCUGGCUGAGCACAUUUCCUUUGCCUCGUCUCUCGUUGGUGGUUGGCAACACAGUGCUCUGCCGUCAGCCAUCGACGCCUUUCAAUCUGCGUUCACAGCCUCCAUCACCGGCCAGUCCAUGACACUCUACCGCGAGCCCGGCAAGCUCACAGAUGCUCUGCGUGAUGCUUACGGCAACGGUCGGAGCGGUCAUGGCAUUCAGCAUUCCACUUCUACAAAUGCCGACCUGUCCAGCCUGUCGAUGGCAGACUGCUGCACGCUUUCCAACGACGCCAGCAUCAACUGCGCUCCCUUCCUAUCAGCCCUGUGCAGCGAUGCGUAUCAUUGCUUACCUCACCGACACGCCGACCUCUACCUCUCAUGGGCCGUCUACCUCCCGUGGACACUGUAUGAUUUAUUGCAGUGUCUAUUCGCCGCUUUCCAGCAGAUCUCCUGCCGCGACUGGGGCUGCGGUGAUUGCCUUCACGAGGACCCUUGUGACCCGGGCAGCCACGGCCUCCCCAGUCCCCAGUCGCCGGGGCACAGCUGCCGAUGCCGCUCCAUCGUCGGCUGCAACGGCGUGAUGCCGACCUUGUACAGUCACGGCUUCACCUUUGGGGACGCACCGGCGCUGAUAUCGCAGAACAAGAAUUGUUCCACCCUCGCCAAGCAGCUCAGCCAAGUCCUACACUCCGACCACUUCACACAUCUCUUCGACCAGUGUGACCAGUUCCUCUAUCGCAUCCGUGCCCCCUUCCUCUUCUGCCUCAUAGCACUCUGGCUCAUCGCCACGGUCUACAUCCUCGGCGUACUCCUCUACCGCAUGGACGUCCUCCGCAUCCGCUCCCACCUCCUCACCACCAGGGCCUCCCACCUUAUCGACGUCAAGGCCUUACUCGCCGGCAGCCGCAGGAUGCUCUCGCUCUACAAGGACGUCGAUUACUUCGACGACGACUUUCACUCGCGGACGCCGCGCACCACCGGGGAGCUUGUGUCUUUCUUCCACAAUUUCGGGAAUGAACUGCACAAGUCUUCUUCACAGUUGUCUCCACUGGGCUCCGCCCUCUCCAAGUCACAUCUCCACUGCCCCGACUGGGACCGUCUCAAGAACCCAGACCUCCGAGUCAUCAGGGACGCACGGGGCUCCGCCACUCCCACCUCCAUCCACCACGACAAGGACCAUCCCAACACCCUGUCCACGCUGCUUGGCUGCGACAUCGAUAACGUCAACUGCCAACAACUCAUGAAGCCCAUCACCUACCGGGCCUACGCCCUGUACUCUGCCAGCUUCGUCCACACCUACCUCAGCUGGACGGUCUACCUAACCGACAGACUUUGGGAGUCACUGCUCAAGCUGCACUGUGAUCUCGAGGACCUUCAAUGUCACGACUCCAAGGCCAAGCCCCUCCACCAGUGCCCCGAAGCCCUGCCCCUCCUCUACUCUCACGGGUUCACGCCGCCGGAGGGCAUGCCUCAGACAUCACUCACAUGUUCGGAUGCCAUCGCCAAGCUGAAGGAAGUGGUCAACGGAAGGCCCAUCGCAAGCCUCGUGACCACCACGAACAAUUUCCUAUACGGCAUCCGUCUACCGUUCCUUCACACUGUGUUCACACUCUGGCUCAUCGCCACGCUCUACAUCGCCCACUCACUACUAUACCGCAUGGACGUGCUGCGCAUCCGCUCACACCUCCUCACCACCAGGGCCUCACACCUCAUCGACGCCAAGGCUUUACUCGCCGGAAGCCGGAGGAUGCUCUCACUCUACAAAGACGUCGACUACUUCGACGAUGACUUUCACUCGUGA